AUGAGCCAAUUCAUCAUGUCGCCUACAGUCAAUGGCUCUCAUGUCGAUAUUUCGGAAUCUGUCUGCCCAAUUCCCAAAUUACCCUACAGCCGGAGUGUCUGCUUCAGCGGCCUCGCUAAUGGAGAACCGUUCUAUCACACCGAAUCCGAGCAACUCGCUGCAAAUCAAGUUCUGUCAGCAAGCAAAUUUUACGCCUGUGCUCCCCACGGGGGAAACUGUCGAGAGGCUGUGCAUCAAAGUAGCGAACAGCUACUACAACCUUCAGUUAUUGGCUCUGCACAGACUGGCUACGACGCUACCGCAACUACCAAGGCGCCAGAGCGGCCAAGCAAGGAUAGUAUGACAAUUCAUUGGCAGUGUUACGCAAACAAAUACAACACCCUUCUUAAUACCACCAAAGGUAUUCUAUCGAAGCUGGUAUAUCAGCUACCUGAUUUGCCUGUUCCAGACAUAAUGGUGCUAUAUGGAUACGCAUUUGGCAUGCUGAAACCUGAAACCUCCUUCAGCGUUCUCCUCUAA